UUUUUUUUUUCCCUUUCAUUCUUCUCCUUCUUUAAAAACCAACAUGUCUGCUUCAAAACCAUUUCCUCCCCUCAAGAACGACUUGAUCCUCAGGGCUGCACGUGGAGAGAAGACCGAGCGUGCUCCUGUCUGGGUUAUGCGACAGGCGGGCCGAUAUUUGCCUGAAUUCCGUGCUGAACGCGUCGAGCAUGAUUUCUUCAAGAUCUGCCGUACACCCGAGUUGGCAACCAAAGUAACAUUGCAGCCCAUUGAUCGCUACGACGGUCUUUUGGACGCCUCGAUCAUCUUUUCAGACAUUUUGGUGGUGCCCCAGGCAUUGGGAAUGACUGUGGAGAUGGUUCCUGGGAAGGGACCUCAUUUCCCUGAACCAUUGGUCCUUCCAGAAGAUAUCAGCAAGUUGAAUCAGAAUGUGGAUGUUCAUAAAGAGCUUCAGUAUGUGUUUGAUGCCAUUACAAUGACACGACAUGCUCUGGACGGGCGUGUUCCUUUGAUUGGCUUUGUGGGUGCCCCAUGGACAUUGAUGGCUUAUAUGGUUGAGGGUGGCGGAAGCAAGACUCUUUCAAAGGCCAAAGAAUGGAUCUUCAAGCACCCCAAGACUUCACACGAUCUUUUGCAGCGCAUUACAGACGUGUGCGUCAACUUCUUGGUCGGACAAGUUCAUGCUGGUGCUCAGAUGUUGCAAGUGUUUGAAUCUUGGGGAGGAGAGCUUAGUCCCCAUGACUUUGAAUUGUUCUCGCUCCCUUAUCUGGCUCAGAUCGCAAAGCGAGUCAAGGCCGAAUUGGGGUCCGAGGCAGUGCCCAUGACUGUGUUUGCGAAGGGAUCAUGGUACGCUCUUGAGCAAUUAUCCGAGAUUGGAUACGAGGCCGUCUCUUUGGACUGGACUCACGAUCCCAAGGCAGCUAAAGCGAUCACAAAGGGCCGUGUCACAUUACAGGGCAACAUGGAUCCUAACCUGUUGUAUGGAGGGGAUGAGGCGAUCGUUGCAGCAGUUGAGAGGAUGGUCCGUGGAUUUGGAUCGACAGGACGAUACAUUGCUAAUCUUGGCCAUGGAAUUUUACCUUCCGUUCCUGUUGAGGCCAUGGGCUUGUUCUUGAAGACAGUUCACCGUGUUGGACUGGAGGUUGCAGCAGAGGAGGAGAAAGCUAAUAAGAAUUAGAGUGCUAGACAAGUUUC